AUGGCUGAACGCAACUGGCAGGAGGGAGCAGAUCACGGUGGGGCGCAACAGCCCGUCAACGUGAUCGAAAUCCCCGAUUUGAACGGCCUUCUUCUUGAAGACACGUUCCAGACGGCCGCCGCGGCCCGCAAGGCGUCGCAGCACACGCUUUCACACGGCAGCAAUGCGGCGCCUUCGACCCAGAACCCCCAACCGCACGAAAUACACAUCCCUCAGCCGCAGGACGACGACGACGGCUACGGCGCGCAGCCGCUGUCUUUCCGGCUGGGCGACCCCGUUUCUCAAAACAGCACCGAGCCCGCGGCUGUCAUUGAGCAGCGCCAGGCCAGCAUUUCGGCCAAGCAGAAACAGUCGUAUCCGAACUACACUCUCAACAUCAUGGUGAGGCAGUUCACGAAACUGGCCGAGAGGAAGCUGAAUCUGUGUCUGAACAGCGUGCCGUUGGAUCAGGAGCCCAACAUCAUCGAGAUUCUGUCCGAAGGGGUCGAUCCGACGUUUGAUCGCGUGAUCACGUCGCUCGGGUACAUUGCGCGGCGCAAGCCCAAGUCUGUGACGGACGCGGUGAUGCACUGGCGGCGCGGCAAGUCCGAGCUGCGCGAGAUGGCCCGCGCAAUGCUCGAAAAGGACAUGAUGCAGUGGAACAGCUACAGGAACACUACCAUGCCGCAGACACACAAAAAGUCGGCCUCGCGGUCGUCGCGGUCGACUCACGACUCGCCGGCGCUCAGCUCCGACGCCGAGACGUUGCGCCAGCUCGAGCAGAAGGUGCAAAAGUCCGAAAUCACGUUCACACAGGCAGACAGACAGUUCACGAUCAGCACGUACAUUCUGUGGCGGGUGCUGAUCGAGGUGGUGCGCCAGACGCCCACGCAGACGCUGAUCGAGGAAACAGGGCUCGAGGAGAUCAUGUACAACUACUUGCGCAACAUCGAUCCGUAUCUGGUGAGCCAGAGCAUUAUUCACUCGUCCAACUGGAACCUGCUCGCGGGUCUGAUAGGCCAGAUGUCGGAGAAGUCGUUUUUGACAGUCAGCGACCGGUUUAUCGCCGACCUCGAAAAGUUCCCGAAAGGUUUCACCGACGGCGGCGACGCGAGCGAGUCGAGACUGAACCUCUUGAUCCACGGGAUGCGAUACCUGCAGUUUUCGAACUCGUCGCUCGAACGGUUUGAGGAGGGCGCGGAUUUCAUGAAGAGCCUUGCCAAGUUUUUCUACCGAUGCGAGAACGACAACCUGCUCAACUCCUACUGCGACGUGAUCAACCAGCUGCUUCUGUCGCUCGCAGAGACGCUGACCGCAGAGGUGAACCACCCUACGUGGGUGGACGCCGUGACGAUGAUCUUCAGCAAGUCUGUGCUCAUUGCGACGGCGAAACCGCCCAAGCUAUGGAAAUACGCCGCCACUCUGGUGGCCACGGCGGUCUCUGUUGCCCCCAAGACGCUUUUCGACAGAGAGUGGCUCAAGAUUGUCGACAUGUACAUCCGACGGCUCAAGCCGAAGCUGCCAACCGAGGAAAAGGUCGUCAUCACGACGUGUCUUGCCCGGCUCAUCUGGGCGUAUCUGUACCGGUACUCGGACACGCUGAACGCCAAGACGAGAAAUCUGGAAUCGAUCGCCAACCUGCUGUUCCAGGGCCAGCAGAACAAGAAACAGCAGUGGAUCACGCACGAUUCGCUUCUGAUCCAGGCCACCGUUCAGACCCUGCGUGCUAUGGCGUACUCGCAGCUCAACUUCACGCUGGAAAACAUCAUCCUUCCAAUCCUCAAGUCCUCGUUCAACGGGGCCAGUCUCGAGAGCAUCUCGCACGAAAAAGUCAUUCUCUGCAUCCGCACCUACGCCUGUAUACUAUCCGACUACAAGUCGAAGGAAAGACCGCCGUUUCCGACCGAUUAUGUGAUCCACUCGUCGCUGGACCCAAUGGAAUUCUGCAACAACGACAACAAGGAGAUAUUCGCCGCCCACUCGUCCAACUCGGCCGUCCACGAAGAGGUGUCCAGUCUGUUCAUCAGUCUGCUGUUUCUGCUGGACCAGCAGGUCGGGUGCAAGACGUUGGACGGCAACAUAGCCAACGUGGGGGCCGGCAGCGGGUCGUCGGCGAGCUCGACAAGCGGCACGCCGACGCUGCCGCUCAAGAUCUCGCAGUUCUAUUUCCACCAGGACGGGCAUCAGGCGAAAAACCUGGAGCUGUUCUCGACGGUGAUUUCCGUGGUGUCGUGGUGUCUGAGCAGCAACUCGUCGCAGUACCGUCGCGUGAUCGAGCUUCUGGUGAAGAACACGAUCCACGAGGACGAGAACGUGAGCGCUUUUUCGACCGACAUGCUCAAGAUCCUCAUGACCAAGAAGAACCCGAACGUGAUCAUGACCGUUUUCGCGCGCACAGCGUUCUAUCUCGACGAAAAGGCCGCCAGUCUGCUGAACCACGAGUACGUCUCGUCCACGGAGUACGUCAAGCUGCUGGAGGUUUACGUGGAUCUACUACAAUGCUGGCUCGAGUUCCUGGCCGAGACGCACAAGGGCUCGCUGGAGACGCCAAACGAGAUGUACAACGUCAACCACGGCUUUGUACAGGAGGAGAUCCAGGAGACGAAGCCGUUCGAGGACCUGGAGCUCAAGACGAUCGUCACGAUCAUCGACGAGGUCGAGGGCAACGGGCUGUUCUUCCUGUUCAGCCAUGACUUCCGUGUGCGGUUCCUGGGGUCGCAGAUCUUGCGUAUUAUCGCGCAGUUCGACGAGGUGAUCUACGACCUGACGAGCGACACGGGCAGCGCCAAGGACCCAGAAGAAGACCGCAAAAAAGCGCACAACCGGAUGCCGUCGAAGUUUGCGGCCGAGUUCGGCACGCGGGUGAUCCACGUGCUGGAGUCGCUGGAUUUCUUCGAGUUUAUUGGCCCCAAAAAACCAAUCCUGAGCGAGGCCGAGUCGAAACGGCUCGCCCGGCUGCAGCACAAGCAGCGCAAGGACACUAUUAUUCGGCUGGCCGAGAGCAACCACGGCGUCGACGCGGCGCUGUGGUUCAAGGUGUUCGAGGAGAUCCUCGACUCGCUUGUGAGACGGUGUCCGAUCCAGAUCGCCAUAGCGCGCUCGCACAGCUGUAUCCGGCUUGUUCAGCUGUACGACCAGCUGGUGUCGAUCAGCCUCGACCCGAACUCGAAAAACGUGAGCUCGCUCAUCUGGGACUACAUGCUGUGCCUAAAAAUCGCGUGCUCGUCGCUCACGUCCACGAGCGAGCAGCGGCUGCACAUCCCGGCGGUGGCAGCGGCCACAUCGACGUCGUCGUCCAUCUACGCGCCGCUGACGAAGUCGCACAUGCGCAAGCGUUCGCAGCAGCUGUUCACGGUGCAGCACCAGAAAAUCACGAGCGCAAAGUCGAUCUUCAAGAUGACCGUGCCAUUGCUCACGGCUACCAACACCAAGCUGAAGGAGGCGUUGGUGGAGGGGCUCAGCUGUCUGAAUGUUAACAUUUUCAACAGUUUUCUCGAAAGCAUCGAGGGCAUCCUCGAAGGCUGGGCGCGCGAGCAGCAACCGGCGGAGGCCGAUCUGCGACUACGCGUCGAGAUUACCGGCGUGCUCAACAAGGUGAUAGCCAAGUUCUACAAGAUCGGCGUCCCGUUCCUGGACGACACAGUGUCACGGAAACUGCGGUUUAUUCUGCAGAACAACAAGGCGUUUCUGUCGCGGCCCGAGUCGCAGACCAACUUCGAGCUGCACCGGCUGCGCAAAUAUUUCUGCGGUCUAUUGGAGACUUUCCACUCAGAGUGUCUGAAACUCGGCCAGGUGGACAAAUGGCUGCCGUUCAAGUUCCGCAGAGAGUCGUUUGAGUUCAUGGACGAGUGGUGCGGCUACGGCAAGGACACGAGUCUGUUCAACGAGCGGUACCGGCGGAUGACGGAGCAGAUUUCUGGGCGGGCCGACGCGGUGACGUUGCAGGCGUCGUUGGAGCUGCAGAAAAGACAGCUCCAGUACAGCGCGAUCAGCUGCAUGGCAAACCUGUGUUCCAGCCCCAUAGCCACGGACGACGACUCGUUCAACGUCCCCAAAGUGCUGGACUGGAUCGACUCGCUGUUCAACACGUACACGGACAAGAUCAUCGAGAUGGCGCGGCGGGCGCUGCUGCAGAUCCUCGUGGUGAGCACGGCCUCGGACGAGAUCCUCGACCAGGUGAUCAACAAGUGCUACACGCACGACCCGGCGCUGGACAACUACUUUGUGACGCUGAGCGAGGCGUUUGUCAAGGGUGCCAAGUUCAGAGACAAGGUGCACCGGCCGCUGGCGCUGGGGCUUUUUGCGUGUGGCUCGGACAACAUCAGCGUGCGCACGGCCGCGGCAAGCCUGCUGGAGCACACCGAGAUGAAGUUUUACGAGACCAACAAGAGCGUGGCCUUUAUUGACGGCAUAUGCUGUCGGUCCAGGGUGAUUUACAAACGCACGCUUUUCCAGCUGUCGACGCAUUUUGCAACGGCGCAUCCAGAGGACAAGUACAUGAUGAUUUCGGAGCUGACGAUGCUGUUCCACAUAGUCGGGUCGAGUCCGCGACGCGACAUUCUCGCGGUGCUGCUUCCGUGGGUGCAGACCGUGGAGCUGACGCUUGGACCGGAGCAUCCCAACAGACACAACUCGCUGAUGGUGCUGUACAACUUCUUUGAGAUCACAGUCAAGUUUGCGCACAAGAUGCAGAACGAGGUGGAGGCGUUGUGGGUGGCACUGGCGAACGGCACCAACAAGUCGAACGUGGACGAGAUCUACCGGUUUAUCGUGGAGCACUCGCUGGAAAUGAAGAACACGGUCUUCUGGGAGUGUUCGCGCCAGGUGAUCUCGAGUCUGGCCACGAUCCCGGCGGGCGUGAACCUCGUGGACACGCUGAUCUCGAACCUGGAGCCGCGGUCAAUGAUUCCCGUCGAGAAGCUCAACGCCGACGACACGGCCACGUUCGAGGACGAGAGCCAGAUCACGCACGGGCUGCCGUACGUGGCGCAGCUCGCGAAGAUCGCACAGACCACCAAGGGCGUCACCACGCCGUCUUUCUCGCUGUGCGAGCUGUCGGUGAUUUUCCUGUCGGACCUGCUGCUCACGCCCAGCGAGAACGUCAAGGCGAACCUGUCGCUGCUGCUGCAUCUUGCGUUUGUGCUGCUCGACGACCAGCUCGCGAUCGUCCAGGACCAGGCGUGCGCAAUGCUGAUCCACCUGCUGCACCAGUACGGCGACGACGAGGCGGGCCAGUGCAAGCGCAUCAUCGACUCGCUGCGCAGCUACGACCGCCAGAAGACGUUCUGGACGCACGGCGACCUGGGCGGCGACAAGAACGGCAGCCGCAUCCCGGAGAACAUGGACGCGCUCGUGCGCAACGUGAUGCACGUGUUCGAGAAGGACUACCCGGGCAUCCAGCAGGACUGGAGCCGCACCGCGCUGGCGUGGGCCACGUCGUGCAAGGUGAUGCACAUUGCCGCGCGCUCGUUCCAGAUCUUCCGGUGUCUGAUCUCGUUCCUCGACCUCGGCAUGCUGCGCGACAUGCUGCUGUGUCUGGCCAACACCGUCUCGGACGAGAACCCGGGCAUCCAGAGCUUCUCGAUGCAGAUUCUCAUGACGCUCAACGCCAUCACCGCAGAGCUGUACAGCGAGCAGCUGAUCGACUUCCCGCAGCUGUUCUGGUCCGUCGUGGCGUGUCUCAACACCGUCCACGAAAACGAGUUCAUCGAGGUGCUCUCGACGCUGUCCAAGUUCAUCUCCAAGAUCGACCUCGACUCCGACGAGACCGUCGAGUGUCUGAUCGCCACGUUCCCGCCCAACUGGGAGGGCCGUUUCGAGGGCCUGCAGCCGCUGGUCAUGAUGGGGCUGCGGUCGGCGAACGCGUACGAGCCGACGAUCCGGCUGCUGGACCGGCUCAACCUGCUCAAGGACAGCGCCAUUCUUGGCUCGGGCCAGUACCGCAUCCUGCUGGCGCUGCUGGCCAACGUCCCGCGGUUCCUGCACGCGCAGACCACCAAGCGGUUCGGCGACGACGUGGUCGACGCGGCAAACGUGCUGUGUGCGAUGGCGGACGGCGCCGGCAUGGGCGCGCUGAGCCGGAUCCUCCACUCGCUCAUCAAGAAGAAAUUCCGCAACAAGGAGGACUUCAUGAGCCAGGUCGUCAGCGUGAUCAAACGCUACUUCUUCCCCGAGUACUCGGCGCAGACGCUGGUGUUCCUGCUGGGCCUGCUGUUCAACAACACCGCGUGGAUCAAGCUCGAGAUGCUCGACUUCCUCAAGCACGUGUUCAAGGCCGUCGACCUCACCGACCCCAAGUUCGUCGGGCUCGGAGCCGACCUUGUGUCGCCGCUGCUGCGGCUGCUGAUGACCGACUACGUGGACCUCGCGCUCGAGGUGCUGGACGAGGCCAACAGCAUCUCGGCGUCGCCGUUCGACAAGCACUAUCUGAUGAUGAGCUCGGGCGACGCCAGCAUGCGCCGCGAGUACGAAAAGGUGGCCACGCUGUUCGGCAUCCCCGACGAAAGCGGCUGGUCCGUGCCGAUCCCGGCCGUCAGCACCGCGCGCACCAGAAACAACAUCCACUCGGUGUUCUCGACCUGCGUCGUUUCCACGUCCAAGGAGGGCGACGAGCAGCCCGAGCCGCUGGUCGAGCCCGAGUUCAACAGAGACGACUACGUCCACUACAGUCCCGCGUGGCCCGACCAGCGCGAGCAGUCGCUGCUCACGCGCCAGCAGAGCAGUCUGCAGGACGACGAGUCUGCGCAGGACCAGAACUCGCUCAGCCACAUGCUGGCCACCCUCGAGAACCUCGACUCCUUCUUCACCAAGGAGAACAUGGACCUGUCGGGCGCGUACGGCCACCAGUACAACGGCUCGGUCGACACGCGCUCCACGACGGCCACGUCGAUGGGCCAGAGCAACUGGGGGCUGGCCCUGGACUCGCCGCAGAUCGACCAGAACAUGCAGUUCCCGUCCACGGCCUCGUUCAAGACGCUCAUGGGCGACGCGGCCUCGAGCCCGGCCAACUUCUCGGUCUCGUCGUUCCGCAACUCUGCGCGGCUCAACAUGGCCGUCCCGAUGCAGCUGGGCAACAAGUCUGCGAGCGACUACUCGUCGAAUCUGCAAGAAAUCUCGUCUCCGCUGGGCUCGCCCAUGGUUUCCGGCCAGAACCCGCCGGGCGACGAGUUCGAGGGCCUCUUCAGGUUCGAGAUCCUCCGCCCGUCCAGCAAGGUCAAGAAAAGACCGUCCAAGCUCAACACGCCGCUCGUCAACAACGGCGACCCGUCCAUCCCGCUGGCGAAACCGUCUCCGCGGACGUCGCGGGGCUCGCGAACCCCGCGCAGUCCCUACAGCAAGAGCAUUCGCUUCAGCAGAAACUACUCCUCCACCUACAGGAAGUCCGCGCGGCUGUACGACAGCCCGUCGCGCGACAAACAGGACGCGCCCGACGCGCAGUGA